CUCUUGAUCGAACUUGCGUGUCAACAUGGUGUUAUUCACAUAUUUGCGUAGAUGAGAGACAGCAUUAUUCAUCAUCAGACACACUCGGUGAUCCACCAGGGAAUUUCUUAUGUUAGCCCGGGGUGAACGGAGCAUAUGAUGGCGGGUCACUACCCAGGUCCGCGGACCGGACAAGUUAUGCCUAUGCGUUGGGACGCCAUGUGUCUCGCCGGUAACUCCUAUCUCCACACUCCGGGCCCACCAGGCAAGCUCCAGCUUUUUUUUUUUUUUGGCUGCCCUGAAAGAUACGCCAGGGGACAUAUAUAAGCUAUAGGUCCACCUGGGUUCAAGGUGGUGGACCAUGAGCUUGGUGUCGAUCCAAGAUCUCUGACCACACGGAUAUCGUUGGGGAUACAUAAGGGCUUGAUCUACGCCACAACAAUCCAUCAACGAAUUCACGACAGCACACGCAUAAAGAAGCAUAAUGGGCGCGGUACAAGAGGAAAGCACACCACAAAAAGAUGUCGAAGCAGCGGCUGGACAGCCGCAGAAAGAGAAAGUCGUCGAUCCAUAUAUCGUGGAUUGGGAGGGACCCGACGACCCCCAGUGUCCCAUGACCUGGCCUUUGAGCAAGAAAGUGCGGCAACUGGCCGGAAUGGGAGUCAACAGUCUUCUCACACCUCUAUCGUCGUCAAUGUUCACCCCAGGUGAGGCAGACGUACUGGCUGAGUUCCACACUACAAACUCCACCCUAGGUUCAUUCGUCGUCUCCAUCUUCCUGCUGGGCUACGUGGUCGGCCCCCUGGUGAUUGCGCCGUUGUCGGAGAUGUACGGCCGUUGUCGACUCUACCACAUCUGCAACACCCUCUUUCUCAUCUUCACCAUCGCAUGUGCGGUCGCCCAAACAUUACCGCAGCUAUUUGUCUUUCGCUUCUUUGCUGGCGUCGCCGGAAGCUGUCCGAUGACCCUGGGUUCCGGCACCGUGGCGGAUCUCAUCCCCAAGGAAAAGCGCGCGGGCGUGAUGGCCAUCUGGGCCAUGGGCCCCAUUUUGGGCCCCGUCAUCGGGCCCAUCGCCGGGUCGUUUGUCUGUGCGAACAUCGGCUGGCGCUGGGUCUUCUGGAUCAUCGCCAUCGCGACCGGAGUAAUGCUCAUCGCGACCGUCUUCUGCUACCGCGAAACCUACAGCGUCGUGCUCCUGGAGCGCAAAGCCGCGCGCCUCCGCCAGGAAACUGGCAAUGAGAAGUACCGGUCCAAGUUCGAUCGCGGCACGCCGCGCAAGGAGAUCUUCCGGCUGGCGGCGGUGCGACCCGUCAAGCUGCUCUUCCUGUCACCGACAGUGCUGCUGAUGGCGCUGUUCGGCGCCGUCUCCUACGGGUACCUGUAUCUCAUGUUCACGACCAUCACCGCCAUCUUCGAGGAGGUCUACGGCUGGCGCCAGGAGAUUUGCGGCCUGGCGUACCUGGGCUUUGGGCUCGGGGCCAUCCUGGGCCUGCAGGUCACCGGCUACGUGGCAAACCGCAUCGCCGCGGCCCACACGGCCCAGGGCCGGUUCGUGCCCGAGUCGCGGCUGAUUCCGUGUCUGUACGGCUCGUGGCUCCUGCCCAUCGGGCUGUUCUGGUAUGGCUGGUCCGCCGACAAGCAGGUGCACUGGAUCAUGCCGAUCAUCGGGACGGGGAUCUUCGGCGCGGGGCUGAUGUGUGUUUUUCUGUGCAUUAACACCUACCUCGUCGAUUCGUAUCUCCUCUACGCUGCCUCGGUGACGGCCGCCAACGCGGUGUUGCGCUCGCUGAUCGGGGCGCUGCUCCCGCUGGCCGGUCCGUCGAUGUACGAUGCCCUAGGCUUGGGAUGGGGGAAUUCUCUGCUGGCGUUCAUCGCGCUAGUCUUUUGCAUGUUUCCUGUGUUCUACAGCCGGUAUGGGGCCCGGAUCCGCACGUCGCCCAGGUUCCGGUUGAAUCUGUAAUGGGUGCGGGUGGCACUGUUGUCUUUUUAAGCGAAACAAAAGGGUUUCUCUUCUCACUAUAAUGUACUUAAUGAUAGAUCUGGAGCCUUACUUUAUCUCAUCGAUAUAUUGUGGAGGUUACCCAUGGUUUAAACAAGCAUGUGUGGCCGGACGGUGUGGUGAGUACCUAGGGCUCAUCGUCUGCUUAGCUCGACUCUAGCCAGUUGUUGAGCGUGAGCGACGGGAGAAGUUCGUCCAGUCCAUACGAAGUUCGUUGCUACCAUAUCCCCUGCUAACACCGGGUCGGGGCUACGUGUGGAUAAUCUGGUAGGUGAUAAUGUUCCCGGCGUGGGGUGAGCAGUGCACCGUGUGCGAGCUGGACAGUCGUAACUUAGAUUUGUUGUUAUGGCCGGUUAAAAUGGCACUCAACCGGAUACUGAUAUUG